AGAACGCGAGGCCAAAAGGAUACACUGUGACAGCCCUCUGUCAAGUGUUGUCGCAUCGCACGCCGGCGGACACACAACAGCACUCCGCAGAAACGCCAGAAGGAACCGUAAUCAAAAGUUCGUUGGAGAAAUAUCAUCAAAUGAGAUCAACUGAGUUGUGUUUGUCGCUGACCUGAAGGCUAUUAUACCAUAGGACCUGGGAAGACAAGUGUGGGGUCUUUUCUCCCCUUCAGCUCACAACACAGCGUGUGUUGUUCACUCCUCAGAGAGCGAUGUUGAAAUUUUUGAACCAGUUUGGAUCAAUCUCAAAGUCACAAGAUGCCACAGAUCUUCUUGAGGAGGAUCUGGUGCUGGUGGAGCAGCGGGUGGAGCCUACACGGAAAGCAGCCCACAUCAUCCACAAGAAGCUGGCAGCCUGCCUACAGAGCCAGCCGGGCCUGGACGCUGACAAGCGCAUGAAAAAGCUUCCCCUAAUGCUGCUGUACUUCAGUAUGGCAGAAUGCUUAAAGGACCUCGAUGCUGAAUCGUCAAUCAGAAGAGUUCUGGAGAUGUGUUGCUCUGUACAAUGCUUCCUGGCCCAAACACUAUCGGACUUUGAACUGAAGUUGGAGAAGGAGGUUCUGGAGCCUCUCCACAAACUCAGCGAGGAGGAUCUGCCGGAGAUCUUGAAAAACAAAAAGCAGUUCACUAAACUGACAACGGACUGGCACGCGGCGAAGACGAGGUCUCAGGCCAGCACGGGUCCCCAGGCCAAGCAGGACGGGCUGAGAGAGGAAGUGGAGGAGGCCUGGAGGAAGCUGGACAGCAUGAAGGACAACUACUCUGCUGACCUCUACCUCUUCGCUACUCGGGAGGACGAAUACGCCAACUACUUUACACGCUUGUUAGAGCUGCAGGCGGAGUACCAUGAGGCAUCCCUGGACUUCCUGAAAAACAAAAUCACAGCAGUCAAGGAAAACCCCAGCCAGCCAGACACUCCCCUGGGCAGCUCUUCUCAGAAGGUGUAUGGGGAGGCUCUGCACAGGCAUCUGGAGAACAGCGAGCGCCGCAUCGCCACACCCAUACAGGAGUGUGUGGAGAUGCUGCUGAAGAAGGGACUGAAAGAGGAGGGCCUGUUCCGGUUGGCGGCUGCAGCAUCAGUGGUGAAGAGGCUGAAGAGUAGUCUGGAUGCGGGGAUGGUGGACCACAGCGAGUUCAGUGUGGACCCACAUGCUGUGGCAGGAGCUUUGAAGUCUUACCUUCGAGAGCUUCCUGAACCUCUCAUGACCUCUGAACUUUAUCAAGACUGGUUCAAAGCGGCAGAGGAGAAGGAAGUGCCUGACAAGCUAGAGAGUUUCAAGGAGGUACUGAAAAAACUGCCAAAGGAAAACUACAAUAACCUCCGAUACCUUGUGCAAUUCUUAGCAUGCCUGUCUGAAUACCAAGUGGUGAACAAAAUGACACCCAGUAACAUCGCUAUUGUGCUGGGGCCUAACUUACUCUGGCCGCAAAAAGAGGGGGAGCAUUCCAUCCUGGACAUGGCCUCUGCCUCCUCAGUCCAAGUUGUCAUGGUGAUAGAACCCCUUAUCCAGUAUUCCAAGAGCCUGUUCCCUGAAGAACCAGAGUUUGAGGUCCCUGACCCUCCUUCAAGCCCAGGCCCAACUGCCUCGGGAAGCCCAGGUCCAGAGAGAGCACUGCCAUCCUCCAACCCCUCAUCUCCUCGACCCACUGUGUCCAAAACAUUCAGCUGUGGAGACACACAUCUCCCCUCUUCACCGCAGCCCCUCGUGAAAUCCAACUCUGUGAGCCGAGGCACAAUAUCCUGGGAGACCAAGUCCUCUGAACCAGCCCCAGCCCCAGCCCCAGACGAUGCCUCAGUGGCGCCCUCUGGAGUCAACCAGACACAUAGCCAGGCCCCCGUUCCUGCCAAACGGUCCAUCAUCAGCAUGUCCACUCAGGCUGUGGCAGCAGGGGCGCUGGGAGAGACAAGCUCCUCAGACACCGUCUCCGACUUGCCUCAAAACUCGCCCGAGCCCUCGCUGAAAAUCCCUGGUCCAUUUAAACCUACCAGGCGCUCCUUCCUGCAACACAGUCAGCACAACUCCUCCAACCAGCCACCAGGGGCGCUAGUGCACAAGACUCCCUCAUCUCCCAGCAUCCCUCGCAUCCCCCUGACCACCCCGACUCACCCUCCUCCCACGGUCUCCUCCACUGGCAUCAUCUCCUCCGUGCCAACCUACACCCCUGUGUUGUCCUCCUCUUCAGCCCAUCCCCCACCCCCGGUCAACCCGGCCACAGCAGCUACACCUGAACCCGCCACCACCAGCAGUAAGCCCCAAGCCCCCAGCAUCAGCUCUCAGCCGACUGGUCCCACCAGCAGUAAGCCCCAAGCCCCCAGCGUCAGCUCUCAGCCUGCUGCUGGUCCAAAGAGGCCUCCUUCGAAGAAGCCAAUGGUCCGGGCCCCCAAAUGUCCCCCUCCGCAGCCCCCUCCGCCCAUCCCCAAGCAGUUGCCCUCCGUGGCACAGUGAGGAUGAGGAGGAGGAGGAGGAGGAGGAGGAGGAGGAGAUGGGGACGUCCCAUAA